AUGUCAAGGCCUGAAAAGAAGUCGAUGGAGCUGUGCAUCAAUAUGAGGGGAAUUUCAUGCUUCUUGUUUGCACUGAUCCUCCUAAGCAAGUACGGAUCUGGAAAUGCACUGGAAAGCACUCCCAUUCAUGGACGGGAAAAUAAUGGAGGCAACUUGGAGAAAAUGGUGUUAGUUCUGUUGGAGGACAAGGAAAGCCUCAGGAACGACAACAGGAAAUUGAAGUAUGAAUUUGAGAACAUGAGACGAACUACUGAGAAACUGAGUAAUGAUUACGAGAAAAUGAGAAAAGAUCACGAAAACCUCAAGUCUAGCUUCCAGGAACAUCUCCGGGAAAGAGACAAACUUCAACUGAACACAACAGAUGCAAGACUCCAAUAUCUGGAGGCUAUUAGCCUGCAAAUAGGCUCUAAGAUGUCGUCUAUAUCUGAUAAAGAAGACAUCUUAGAGACAACAUCUGAUAAACAAACUCGCUAUGGUCGCGCCUUCGGCGCUCCAUUGCCUUGGAUAAAAAGAAGGUCCACUAAAACGAACAAUUUCCUGUCCUACGAAAACAACAGCAACAAGAAGUCUACAUUCCGCGUGGCAGUCAACGCAUGUUUCCGACUCAGGAUUGACCGUGUCUCGUUCCAGUAUGACUGUUUUUCCUCGGCCCUCAAAAUUGGAAACAUACACUAUGCAUGGUGGGUGGACCGUCACGGCGAACCACAAUACUACUGGGACGGGUCAAAAGCAGGACAGCACAUAUGCAACUGCGGUCUCUCUGGCAACUGCACAGACACAAACUUCCCUUGCAACUGUGAUGCAAAACCCCCUCAUUGGGAAUCAGACUCAGGAGCAAUAACGAAUGCAACAUCCUUACCCAUAACCGAGUUGCGCUUCGGUGGACUACAAUUUGAGGGGCAGAAAGCGAAUUACACAUUGGGUGGAUUGACCUGCAAAGGCAAGAUUCCGUCCCCGGAUAAUCCAGCACAAUCCUGUUCAACUCUGCGCCAAGCUGGAAACGCUCAUCCUGGUUAUUACAUGAUCGACUCCGAGAAAAGUCGCUUGGAUGUUGUUAUGUGCAGGAUGGAUAUGGAGGAGACAGACCCGAAGUUUCAGGUGGAGACUAGUGUACAUAUUGCAGGGGAAGGUGGUAUUUCUCUCGUAGAUGUCCAAUCAACUGCCUUUCAUCUGCUGAAACAAGGCGCGAAACUGUGGCCUCUUGCUGGAACUCGGAAGGAUGAAGUAAAGGCGAUGAACGCGGUGGAUUGCGGCUCCAUUUGCCAUUCUCUUGGAAUGAUUUGCAAUGCCUUCAACUGGUAUCCAAUAAAUUUCAAGUGUGAGUUCGUGAACACUCUAAAUGCCACGUUACAAGAUGCCCCUGGUGCGAUGGUCUAUGUCAGUGCCUUUGUAGCAUUCAGUGGUUGCCUGACACCUCCUCCUUCGAUGGAGAAUCGAACGAUGAAUUUCUCGUACGGAUGGAAUGGCAUCCUCCCGGCGCCAUUGCUCUCCGAAGUCUCAUAUGUCUGCCCGCGGCAUUCCCGUUGUCCUCUCAAGGCCAAAUGCGUUGGCUUCAACGUGUGGAAAAUCCUGAAUCAAGACGUCACGCCGCCCUGCCCGGGAAGCGUUCCUCUGGCAGAAGGUUACAAGUUGUUUCAAGAAGAUGGUCGGUUUUACAAGUACUACAAUAGGUAUAUGAACUGGACUGAGGCGAGUCAGGUCUGCUGCCUGGAUGGGGCCCGACUCGCUUCCGCUACGAGCCCCACAGUCUACAAAGCGAUCAGAAGUGUCACCCCCAACCCCAUUAGUAUCUGGCAAGGCGCCACCGACGAACUCGUGGAAGGCACGUGGAUAUACGAAGACCCGAAUGAGUAUGAAUCCAUCACAUUUGGUCUAUAUCAUUGA